AUGGCAUCCUCGACCGGUGUGCGCUUCGCUGUAAGAACAGCUCCGUGGGAAAGCAAAGGCCAAUCUAAGGGCUUAGAACUUGCUGCGGUGUCAGAGUUACAGUUGGCCACAGGACAUUCGAUUGAAGCAUUGUCAUCAGUCAGCGCCGAUCAGAUUCAUGAGGCUGUGUCAGGAUGGUGCUUCGCGAAUUUCAACACCGCCAAGAGCGUGCUAGAACUUCGGACUUCGUCGACUUUUGUGCUCAUCCUCAAAGGGUUCAUCGCAGAUAGGCUUGAGUCCAUGGGAUGUGAGAAGGCGCGGGUGUCACAAAUCGUUCUUUCGGUCCAUGACCACAGGCAAUGCAAAUCAGAACCGCGUGCCGUGACGCUUCUGAAUCUGUCAUUCGAUGAGAUGGACUUUGUGGGGCUGUGCACGGGAGACUCAGCUAUUGAGAUGACUCCGACAGAUACCAUUCCCAUUUUGGCCGAGAUACGGCAAUCGGACACUGAGCCAGAAGCAUGGGCCACAUAUGGUACAGUCGCAUCCUUUGACACGUACAUCGCCACCAUCCUUCAAUCUAUUGGAGUUACCAACAGCUCAGUGGCGCAUAAAACAGUGGAGAAGCAGGGCUAUUUCUGCAAACGGAUUCAGGUGCCUCGUGUCUGUCGUGACGCGCUGUACAUGAGGAGCGGGUUUUUCGGCAUUCAGUUCAAGCCGUUGCGCCAUCCCAACGAUCCUUUGGAGGAAGGAUUGGAGGUCAUUAGAGCCGAGGGCAACAACUCCCUCAUGAGUGUGGCCAAGCAGCUUGAGUCGACUACGGGCUUCCUGGGUUGCUUCUCCUCAAUGGGCACAGUUUAUGUGCGAGCCAAAGAUGACGACAUUGCAACCAUUCGCAAGGUGCUUUUCCCCGACUCUACACGUUUCAACGCAGAGAAUUGGGGAAUGAAAGCCAAGUUUCGCUACAAGGUCAUGGGCUUUCCAGCUGGCAUUACGCCAGUCAAAGCCUUCCAGACGCUUCAGGACAUGGGGUGGAUUGUCAUUCCGGGACUUGUUGUUCAUGCUAGUGAGCUGGCUACCGUCUACGUCUCGGCGGAUGAACGGCCGCCCCACACAAAGUUUCAUACAACCCAAGGCAUCAUCCAAAUUUCGGAGGCUGAGAGAGCGGCCCGUCAGAAAGUGCAGAUACGCCCAGUCAAAGCGCCAGAGUCGGACACGUCUGGGGUAGCUUCGUCCAGAUCUUCGUCAACGACCGAUCCGUGGUCCAAAUGGGAUCCUUGGAAGGGUGCUAAGUCCCAGGAGGUUAGCAGCCCGACAGUGCAGCCGUGUUCUCUCCAAUCUAGGGUGGUCGAGCUUGAGAAGAAAAUGCAGGGUGUCCAUCAAAGCAUCGGGAAGUUGCAGGAUGAACAGGCAUUGACUCGAACGAAGUUGGACCACAUGGCUGAAAAGAAUUCGUCGGGGUUUGCUACCUUGAUGGAAAUGAUUUCGGAGCUGAAGGAGAUGCAAGGCGGCUCGUCGCGACAGAGUACCCCUGUCCGCAGUCCUCCUUUCAAAGCCGCGCGUAGUGAGUAG